AUGAUGUUCUUGAUCGCGAAAAUCGUUCGUGGCCGACGUUUGCUGCAUGAAUUAGAGCAGGAGGAAAAGGAAGAAGAAGAGGCUUUAGCCUCAUCACGACGAGCUCAAGGACUGCCAUCUGGACGACUUCGAGCUAGUGGAUCUGGGCCAUCACAGGAGCAAAAUGAUGAGCCGACAACUUCAAAAACAAACGAUUUACCCGUUCAUCGCUCGCAAACAACUCGAAGAAAUGAAUUCUCAUCGAAAAGUCUUCGUCAUCGAUCACCGUCAAUUUGGAGAUCGGGAUCAUCAAGAAGAAAAUCAACAGCUAUUGAUGAAAUGUUACUCUUUCAUGAGGAAAGAAAAACAGUACGUCAAAAGACCGAUGGCUCGUUUGGAGAAUCGGAAGAAUUAGAUCGAAAUGGAAUGCGAAGAACGAGCAGUAUGCCAAGUGUUUGUGAACCAGUGAUCCCUUCAUCAUCUGGCCCUUCAUUACGCCAUUAUGAUUAUGAUGGAAAGUUGAAUAAACUUCAGAAGAAAGCACUUCGUUUUACAUGGCAUCGAUUGCAAACAAGGAAUGGUGGGAAACGAGUGGAACAAGUCUUUGAAGAGGUUUUCGAUCGUUUGGUUCGACAAGUGCCUCAAGUUAGAGAGAUGUUCACGACGAGGAUGUUUCUCUGUGCAAUGAAUCGUCAUGAAACUGCUUCUCUACGUGAUCAUUCUAGGGCAAUCGUUCGAAUGAUCGAUGUUGUAAUCAAGAAUCUUGAGGUUGAGCGUUUAAAGCGAACAGAUACCGCCAGUGAAAUGGAUCCAAGAUUGAUCGGUCGUAGUCACGGCUCUCUAAGACCAUAUGGAAUGACUGGGAAUUAUUGGGAGAAAUUGGGCGAGACGAUUGUUGAUGUUGUGCUAGCACAAGAAGCGGUGAGAGAUCUCCCUGGAGCUGGACAAGCCUGGGUGAUCCUAGCUGCUUGUUUAGUCGAUCAGCUUCGAGCCGGUUUUGAUGAGACGAGAUUCACCCAAAAUCAAGGAAUUCUCAAUAAGCAGGGAACUGUUCUUCACCACGCCACUCAACAUCUCAAUCGGGAUAUGUCAAUUGAUGAAAAUCAUAUUGAAGAGUGUCCAAUGGCUAUGUCAUCACAUUCUCCUCCUUCACCUCCUCCAAUUCUUGACGAGGGAUGCCGUCGUCAAUCUAGACCACGAACUGAGGAAGCUUCUGCU